CAUCUCAUUAAUGCAUAAUAGUGUUAUGAGCUAAACGCCAUUAUUGCUUGCUUGGCUUGGCUUUCUUCUUGCUUGCUGUACUGUAUUUCUUCUUUGAUUAAUUAUCAUCAUGAAAUCCAUAGACCAGCUGUUUUGCUCCUCACCGGCCUCCACCGCCAUAUGUUCUAGCACCGUCCAACACGGCGUCGUUCCGCACGGCGGCGGCGUGAGGCCUACUAUCGACCGCCGCCGCGUUCACCGCCUCGGCGGCCACCCGCCCAAAAACCGGGCUCCGGCGCCUUGUUCCUCCCACUUGCCCUUUGAUCCCAUCCCUCACUAUCAGAAGGCCCGGAAGAGUACUUCGUCGGCGGUUAAGCCCGGCGAAUUAAGCCGGAAAAGCUCCGCCGACGUCGGCGACCUGCGGGCGGCUACUGCGGCCACUAGCCCUCCUGGUUCCUCUCGAUAUUUGCUCGGAGAUUCUCCCUUCAUUGAUUUAUUGUCAUCAUCUAAUGCUAAUCUUGCCCGGAAAAGCUUGGUGAAGCGGCAGCCCUCAAAUGAACUUCCCGUUUUCCGGUCAUCGUCGGCGCGGUCGCCGCUUGAAUCUCCGGUGUAUAAGCCUCCGUCCUUAACUUAUGUGGAUGAUUCCAAUGUUAAAAGCUCCCCGUCAACUCCCUCCCACCAUAAUCAUCAGGUUGUGGAAUUGAGGGUGUCAAUUCAUUGCAAGGGUUGUGAAGGGAAAGUAAGGAAACAUCUCUCAAGAAUGGAAGGAGUGACGUCAUUUAGUAUUGAUUUGUACUCAAAGAAGGUAACGGUGAUUGGUGACGUGACUCCGGUGGGAGUACUCGCAAGCCUCUCUAAGGUGAAGAAUGCACAGUUGUGGCCGUCUCCGGCGACAGUGAUGUCUUCAUCAUCUCCAAGGGUCAGCUUGACGAAUUAAUUUAGAAGUUUUCUCAUCAACUUUCUUUUCUUAUUUCUUUCUUCUAUUUUUUUUUUUUUUGAACUUGUAAUUAAAAACCUCUUACUCGAUCACAAACUAGUUCAUCAAAACCUUAGUUGUGUAUCAUUGUAUGCGCUUGCUCAAAUUAAUGUUAAAUCAGUUGUUCAAUUUUUGUUUGCUUUAUGAA